UAAAGCCUGACAUGAGAGAAAUCCCAAGGAACCUGUGACAUCAAGACCAAGCUCAAGGCACCGUUGUAAGUGUUGAAAUUUAUCUGUUCAUCGCUUGUGGCGGAUGCAAGAGUGACCCGCGGGCGCGUCCGGUGUUGAGAGGGGCAGCACGGCCAGGCAGUUAAGAGUCUGAUAUGAAAAAUAAAAUGGAGGUGGAAGCAGCACAGCCAGUUGAAAACAAGGAAGCUCAAAAUGUGAAGGAAGAAACCUGCGAAGCUGGUGGUCUAGCAGAAAACAAGAGCAGCGACACCGUAGUGGAAAGCGUGAGAAAAACUGAUGAAAAGGAGACAGCACCUGCAGAGGAGAGUGAUGUGUAUGCUUACACCAGGAGAGAAGAGUUCACCUCAGAAAACUUCAAGAUAGAGCUCCGUGGUCUGCCUCGCUAUUUUCAUGUUGGGCAACUGAAGAAACUUUUGAAUGAAACUCUGGAUCUCAAUGCCCAUAAGGUGAAACCUGCAGGUAAAGCAAAAUGCUGGGCAUACAUAACCUUCCGAGAUGAAGCAGGAAGAGGAAAGGCUUUGGCUGCCCUUCAGGGCUACAAGUGGAAGAAUUGUGUCCUCAAAGUAUCAAAAGCUAAACCUGUUGAGGAUCCUCUGAUAAAAAUUAGAGAAGAGAAGGAAACUGCAAAGAAUAAAGAUGACCCAAACAGUAACCUACCCAUCACUGAAAGGGUCUUAAAGAGCGUCAUUCCUUAUGCUUCCUUACCUUAUGAAGAACAGCUUGAGAAGAAACAGAAAGAUGCACUACAGGUGUUAAGGAAGUAUGGCUCAGAACUGGCCCAUGUCAAUCCUGGGUUGGCAAAGUUCAUCAGUUUUCAAAAGAUGCGGCGAAAGGGUCAGGUGUGUGAAGUUGACGACAUUGUUCCUUCCCCGGUCAUCAACCAUUAUCGUAACAAGUGUGAAUUUACAAUAGGUGUCAACCCCGACAAUGGACUGCCAACUGUUGGAUUCCGCAUAGCCAGCUACAAGGAGGGCUCCAUGCAUGUGGCACCUGUGAGUCACAUGUGCCACCUCCCAGAGCAGAUGAUAAUGGUGGUGAAGGAAUUUGAGACUUUUGUAAGAGACUCAGGACUUGCUCCUUUCAGUCCUCUCACUCACGAAGGCUACUGGAGGCAACUUAAUGUCAGAACAACUCAGAAUAAAGAUAUUCUUAUAAUACCCAUGAUUCAUCCACAAGACAUGAAUGAAGAACAACUGCUGGGCUUAAAAAACAAAAUUGUCACACAUUUUACAACUGGUCCUGGAGAACCUUUAGGCAUCACAUCUAUUUACUUCAAAGCCUAUGGACAGAAGGAGAAGGGUUCAGAACCUGUCUUGGAGUGUUUGUGGGGACAAGAAUACAUUACUGAGAAAAUUUUGGGCAAGAACUUCAGAGUUUCUCCUGAUGCUUUUCUACAGAUUAAUACUGCUGCUGCUGAGGUGCUGUAUGAGAAGAUUGGAAGCCUGGCUGAGCUUGAUGACAAGUCCAUAUUACUUGACAUUUGCUGUGGCACAGGAACUAUUGGCAUAUCUUUGGCAGAUCGUUGCCAGAAAGUGUAUGGAGUGGAGAUUAUUGAGAAGGCAGCAGAUGAUGCCCGACAGAAUGCCAAAGAAAAUGGCUUUGAAAAUGUUGCAGUGUUUACAGGAAAGGCUGAAGAAAACAUGCCAUUCCUGAUGCAACACUGUACCAAAUCCAACACUGUGGGUGUAGUUGACCCUCCUCGUGCAGGCCUCAAUAACAGUGUUGUCUUAAGUCUUAGGAGAUGUGAGACAAUGAAGCGUUUGGUGUUUGUCUCUUGUGACCCAAGCAAUGCCAUCAGAAACUUUAUCAGCUUAGCAAGGCCUCAGAGCAAACAGUACAAAGGGGAAAUCUUCAUACCAAUAAGAGCCAUUCCUGUAGAUCUGUUUCCACACACUCCUCACUUUGAACUGGUUAUCCUCUUUGAGCGCUGGGAUGAACUGAGAUGGAAGCACAUCAUGGAAGGGAAUCCUCUCCCACAAGAUGAAGAGUACUUCAAACGUCUUCCAGAUAAACCAAACUUCACUGGAAAUGACUCUGAGAAGAUCAAGAGAGCAUCUCAGGAACAAGAAGAUGAUACUAGAAAGAAGAUGAAACCUGAGUAAAACAGGAAAGUGAUGGCCUUGGGAUCUCAAGGGAAAGAAGACACUUGUUUAAAAAGAAGAGGACGUGCAGCACAAGGAGCUAUACAGACAAUUGACAAAGUGUUCCUCCGGAAGAUUUAUUUCUAUGUAACUGGAUUUCUUACGAACUGAAUUGGAUUUUAUGUUGUGACAAUUCAGUAAUCCAAGGUGAUCUUUUUAUUAAUAUCAAUAAAAAAGUAUUAUACUUCUAAA